CUAAUGGGUAAGAAACGUACAGACUUUUGUCCAUCUUUCGUUCGGUAUCCCUCCUUCGCCUGACCGCUCUUCUUUAACCCGAUAAACCAACCUUUGGAAUGCAUCGUCGUUUGACAGUUUGACAUAAAAAUCGAAAUGGGCGGUGGCGGAAGUCGUGUUCAAAAUGAUGGGGCCGGAAGUAUUGAACAAAAUGGAGAGACCGGAAGUAGAGUUCUUCAAAAUGGAAGGGCCGGGAGUAGUGUACAAAAUGGAGAGACCGGAAGUAGAGUUCAAAACGGAGGGGCCGGAACCAGUGAACAUAAUGUAGGAGCGGGAAGUAGUGUUGUUCAAAAUGGAGGGGAUGAGAGUAGAGUAAAUGGAGAGAUGGGAAGUGGUGUUCAAAAUGGAGACACCGAAAAGAGUGUACAAAAUGGAAGUACGGGAAAUGGUGCUCAAAAUGGAGGGACCUAAAGUAGUGCUUAUAAUGAUAAAAAUGCUCCAAAUUAAUUAGCUUACUGUGGAGAUCGUUGCUGUCGGCCGUUCCUCUGACCUUUCCAUCCGGAUAGACGGCCAGCAGGUAGCCGGUUUUGCAGAGCAAUUGCAU